AUCCAAUAAGAAAAAGGUCCUGCGCAAGAGGAGGCGGGACGCACCAUAAUUGAUUGCCGGAGUCCUAUUUGGGGGAGCAGAGAAUUCUUGAAGCCCCUUUUCGAUAGGUUCAAGUGGGGAAGAAAAAGGCGGGAGUUAGAUUUAAAGGGACAGGCACCUAAAAAUAAGAAAGAUUGGGGAAAGGUGCAUAGGUGUGCGUGGGUUAGAUAUUAGGAUAUCUUAAGCGUAUGUAUAUAUUUGGGAGGAUAUCAAGGGAAUAAUGCAAGGAGACAGAGGGUGUAGAUGAGGUUUGGAAAGGCAAAGGGAAGGGGUAACAUUGUACCUACCUAUAUGGAUAUAUAGUGAUUGCAAAAUGGAGCAAACUCAGUUGUUGGACUGGGAUGAGGAAGGGGAUACCAUUGAGUCUUCUAAUGGGGAUACCCCAAAACCUGUAGGGCGCCUGCACCUUUUGAGCAGCAAAUAUGGCCCUGAAAAAGAUUUCUGGAUCUACCCAGGGGAGAAUGUCAUUGGGCGCCUGGAAAGCUGCCAAGUCUGCUUACCUGCCUCAUCGGUCUCUAAGGCCCACGCCGUGAUUGAAGUCCCCAGCUCUGACGGGCCCCACCUUUUGUAUGACAAGGGCAGCCUAAAUCGCACCCGGCGCCAACGGAUGGUCUUGAUUCCACAAGUCCGCUAUAGCCUUCAAGAUGGGGACUCCUUAAUCUUUGGUGACGUUGGAUGCCAAUAUUUCAUGUUGACUCCAGAGGCUGAGCUUGAAUCCCCCAAUGACUCAGUGGAGAUUCCCCCAACCCAGACAAGAGUGGAGGCCAGCACUUUGGUCAUUGAGGAGACACCUGCGCCAGGGAGGAAGAUGAGGAUGCGCUUUGGCGGAGUCCUGGUUCAGGAUUCGGACAAGGAAGAGGAAGAGGAGGUGAAUGAAGCAGGCAGGAGCGUUCCUCACCGAAGAGGAGAUGGCUCAGUUUCCUCUCUUGAAGAUGCUAGACAGCCCAAUUUGGCCUCCUCCAUGUUUUCUUCUCCUUCUGUUGUGCCGGAAAGUGAUGAGGAAAGUGGGGAACUCUCUGUCAGUGACUUGCCUUGUCCUUCCUUGCACCUGCGCUUUGAAAGCCAGGAUUCUGAAGUAACUCCUUUGGAGAAUGGUGGCCCUCCACCUUUGGACAAAGAAAAAGCAACUGUUCAAUCAGGAACUCCUGAGGCUGAACCAAAAGGCCCCCCAAGCAUGGAAGAAGAUGCAGCUGAGAAGCAAGGAGCUGCUCCUUCUGGCCAUAGCCUUGUAGAGAACCUCCAACUGGAUAGUGAUACUGAUGUGGAAGAUGAGGAGAUUGCUGGUAGCAUGUCCAGAUCAUCAGGGCCUGGAAACUUGGAGGAAGAUGACAAAGCUCUAGAAAUAAGCAGUGACACAGAUGUGGAUGACCCUGUGUUGGUGGAUCCAGAUGCCACCAGUCAAAAGACCCACCCUGCAGUUAUCUAUGUGAGCAGUGCUUCUGAUCAGGAGGAAGUAGCAAAGGACUCGGGUAUCCCAAAGGCCCAGAAAACUGCUGAAAAUGGGGAUGAUGACACAGAUGCGGAGGAUGGGAUGGAAAACCCAAGUGUCGUGUAUCUUGAAAAUCAUGAGCCUGUGCCUCAAAUGGAAGGUGGCUGUCAAAGUAUGGGAAAAGCAGAAGAACCACAUCCUAAAGGCUCCCAGCCUGGUGAGAAUGAGGACAGUGACACAGAUGUGGAGGAAAUCACCCAAGAGCCAAAGGAGAAGGCUACAUCUCAGCGAUCUCAUGAAUGUCAGAACCGUGGUGCAGAUGUGGAUGACACACCCCUCAAAAUGGACAAUCCAAGUGAGACUUUGAAGACCCAUAAAGCUGCUCUGGACAGCGAUGAGGAUGCAGAUGUGGAUGACACACUCCCCAAAGCUGAGACUUUGAAGACCCAUAAGGCUGCCCCAGACAGUGAUGGGGAUACGGAUGUAGAAAUGUCUAACUUGGUGCUGGAGAACUCGCAUAUUGCUCAGCUCCACAGUUCUCAUCCGAUAAGCUUCAAGGACAAUGAUUCAGAUUUGAAAGACAUCCCACACAAAAAGGCUGUGUGUCAAGUUAGCAGUUGCCUGGAUCAACCGAGUGCUGAUACUAAAGAAGUAUCUAAUCUUAAUGUUCAACAGCAGAGCAGUGAGGAAGCUGUUAAUGAACAAUCCAAGAGCUCAGAUGGGAAGGAAAACCCUGAGAUCAUUGACAAAGGAGCCGCCUUGCCUCAGAUUCAGUGCCUGCCUGCUCUCUCUGUGGAUAGCGAUACCGAUGUUGAAGAGGAGGAGGUGGAAAUUCAAGAUGUGGCCCCCAAAGUGGAGCAUAAACCCAUAGUUGCUGGUUCCAGUGGAGACGGUAGCAGAAGCAAUCCUGAGAAUAAUGCUGUUGAAUCCCCAAAUAGUCUUGGACCUAUUGAGGUUGAGGAUAGUGAUACAGAUGUGGAAGUGGUUUCUCCAUCCCAUAAGGAAUCGGUGGCUCAAGAUGAUGAUGCAGACGUAGAGGAAGUGGUUGCACCAUUGCCAAUGAAACCCAUAGAAGAGCAAGAGACUCAGCUAUUAGCUUCUGAGAGAUCUCAGGCGAAUGGAGAGAAAUUGGACGGCUCUGCAGUGGAUGUGAGAAUCCACCAUGAACCUGGGAAAGAGGAUGACGAUACAGACGCAGAGGAAAAGAAGUCCUGUUCGGGAGAGGAGAGCAGCACUGAUGAUGAUCAGGACAUAGAUCUCCAGGCAACACAAUGUUUUCUGCCUUCUGAGCCCUCAUCUCCUGGGAUUGAACCAGCAAGAGAUCCCAUCGUGGCAGAUUCCCAUAACAAUCUGGAAGAGGAACCGACUCAGGACUUCAGAACUCCUCCUGCACAAACCAGGCUCCUAUCUGGGAAAAAGUGGAAAUCCCCACAGAAAGAGGAAGAUUCUGACUUAGAUGCUUACGCGUUGGAAGCCACUCAGGCAUUCUGCACAGAGCCCAGGUCUCUCUCAGAAGAGCCCACACAGGCUUUUGUUGUGGAAGAGGAAGAAGAGAUUAUCCAGAACACUGCUGAAAGGGGUAAAUGCUCUGUACCAGAAACACAAAAUGUGACAGUUUCAGCUACUAGCAAGCAGCAGGCCACCAGUUUCUCCGGGAAGAGCACACAACCUUAUUCUAUAGGAGUUGCCUGUUCUGAGCCCAACUCUGAGACAGCCGUGGAGGAGGUAGCAGAGGAGUGUAACAAGGAAGAGGAAAUCCGGGCAGUUCAAUCAGUGCAAAUGCCCCUCUUGGGCAGCAGCCAACCUUUGACUCUGCAGGAGGUGCAAAGGAAGUCCAUGACUGAGGAACGAGUUUGUAUGAUGGUCCCCGAAGUUGGAAGUGCAGGAGGUGGACAAUUGGAAGAAAGAUGUUCAGUGCCAGUAAAACAACCAAGAGAUGCUGACCAGGUGCCAGGAUGUUCUAAAGAAGAGCCUCUUCAGCCAGAGGCCUCUGCCCCUGUGCAGAGGCACAACUUGCGCUCCUCUUUGACUCCUUCCCCAGCUCCUGUCUCACAGAGACGAAGCCUCCGAUGUCGCAUCCGUGCAGUAUGCACCGACACACAGCAGUCAGAGGAACCGGCUGCCCCUGUCUCCAGGCUCAGGAGGCUGCGGCAACAGACCAGUUCAGCAUUGUACAUGAAAGAGCUGGAAGGAAAAACAGAUCAGCCCAAAGAAGAGAAAGCACACCCCAACAAAAAGUCCAAGACUGCAGAGUCAACAGUAACCACGCGGCUGAGUCGAACGAGGAGCACACAAAGGGAAUCUGAUGCCACUGGCAGGCUGAAGGGAGAUAUGACAGUGGCUGCGGGCAGCCCAGGGACGAGGGAGCUGACAAGGCGGGGGAGAAAGGGAGCAACAACACCACCUAUGAAGAAAGAGGAGCCAGAGCUCCCUCAGACCAGGUCCAGCAGGCGUUCAAACUCUUCAGUGAACACGCCAAGCCCGAAAGGGACUAGAAGAGCUGUUAAACCUGAACAGGACUCUCCAGCACAGUCCACACCAUCCUCAGGAAGGAGGCUACGGCGCCAGAGCACGGAGAGCAAACUGGUGGGAAUGAGAUCCCAGCCCCAAUCCCAAAGCUCUGUGGGCUCUGGUGCUCCUUCUCCAAAGGUGCUGUUCACAGGAGUGAUUGAUGAGGAGGCAGAGCAGGUAGUGAGGGAGCUGGGCGGAUCCCUGGCUGAAUCUGUCUUCGACUGCACACACCUUGUGACGGACCGCGUGUGUCGCACGGUCAAGUUCUUGUGUGCCUUGGCUCAAGGCAUCCCCAUUGUUACCCUGGAAUGGCUGCAGAAGAGUCGGCAGAACUCCUUCUUCCUGGCACCAAAGAGCUUCCUUGUUCGUGACCCUGAGCAGGAGAAGAAAUUCCGGUUCAGUCUCGCCACAUCACUACGGACAGCACAGCGAGACGGGGGACUGUUUCAGGGCUACGAGAUACAUGUCACCCCUAAUGUUAAGCCAGAGCCUGAGCAUAUGAGAGAUAUCAUUAAAUGCAGCGGUGGGACAUAUUUACCCAGAAUGCCCCGAACCUACAAGGACAAGCGUGUCAUCGUUUCUUGUCCGGACGACCUGCCCCACUGUAAGCCAGCGCAAAAUGGCAAAGUGCCAAUCACCAAUUCAGAAUUCAUCUUGACGGGGAUCUUGCAGCAGAAGAUCGAUCUGGAUGCCCAUCAGCUGAAUGCAGUGGCUAUUUCCUCCCCCACAACUUCCCCCGCCACCAGGGCCAGCAAGAGGAGAGCUGUGGCACAAUCAGCCCCUGCCCCACCCAGUAGAGCAAAAAGACUGCGCUGAUCCUGCCAUCAAGUGUGGAGAUGGUGCCUUACAAAUUGUAAAUAACUUUUCUUUCUUUGUCAUUCUCAAUAAAACUGGGUUUCAAAACCAA